AUGGCCUCCGCCAGAGACUACUUCCGUCGCCGCUCGCUCCGCGCCGACGUCACCCACCGCACAAAGGCCUCCGAGCUCACCCUCCGCCAAUCGCUCUUCCCGCUCUGCCUCGUCACUGCCCUCUUCUUCCUCUGGGGCUUCAGCUACGGUCUGCUCGAUACCCUCAACGCCCACUUUCAGCGCGUUCUGCACUUUACACCCUCGCGCUCCUCCGGUCUUCAAGCGGCCUACUUUGGAGCAUACCCACUCGCAUCCAUCGGACACGCCGCCUGGAUCCUCCGCCACUACGGAUACCGCGCCGUCUUCAUCUGGGGCCUCUGCCUCUACGGCAUCGGCGCCCUCUGCACCAUUGCCGCACUCAAGGCUGAGUCCUUUGGCGGCUUUUGCGCCUGCAUCUUCAUCAUUGGCAAUGGCCUCGGCUCCCUCGAGACCGCCGCUAAUCCUUACAUUACAGGUGAGAACCAGGCCCCCUUCCCCUCGUUGACUUGUGUGUUCAUUUCCCGGUUCCUAACCCCCACUCCCUCAGUAUGCGGCCCUCCCCGCUACUCGGAACUCCGCAUCAAUCUCUCCCAAGCCUUCAACGGCAUCGGCACUGUGAUCGCUCCCGUCCUGGCCUCCAAGGUCUUCUUCGCCUUUAGCGACGCGAAAGCCCAGGCCAACGUCCAGUGGGUUUACCUCGCAAUUGCCGUCUUUGUCUUUUCCCUCGCCACUGUGUUCUUCUUUGCCGACAUUCCAGAGGUGACAGACGCCGACAUGGAGUUUCAGGCCGAAGAGACCACCACCGAAGUCGCCGACAAGCCCUUCCGGAAGCAGUACAAACUCUUCCACGCCGCCUUCGCCCAGUUCUGCUACACCGGCGCCCAGGUCGCCAUCGCCAGCUACUUCAUCAACUACGCCCUCGACACGCGCCCCGGCACGUCGCGCGCCCUCGCCGCGAACCUGCUCGCCGGCGCCCAGGCCGCCUUUGCCAUCGGCCGUUUUGCCGGCGUUGGCAUCAUGCGCUUUGUGCGUCCGCGCCUCGUGUUCGGCGCCUUCCUCACUUGCUGCAUUAUCUUCGCCAUCCCUUCCAUUACCGGCCGCGGCGACACGGGUAUUGCCAUGCUCUACUGUGUUCUCUUCUUCGAGUCCGUCUGCUUCCCGACCAUUGUCGCCCUCGGCAUGCGCGGCCUCGGCCGCCACACCAAGCGCGGUAGCGGCUACAUCGUCGCCGGUGUCGUCGGCGGCGCCUGCGUACCCCCGCUUAUGGGCCAGGUCAUUGACAUGCACGGCUCCGGCAUUGCCAUGACCGUGCCGCUCGCCUUCUUCGUGGCUGCGUGGUCCUACGCGUUCUGCGUCAACUUUGCGCCCCCGUACAAGCGUGUUAUCGACUCAUUUAACGACACCAAGGUUGGCAUUGAGCCGACUGCUGACCAUGAAGAGAGGCAAGUCGAGCCGAAGACGGCGUCGAUGUGA